AUGGCAGACAAAGAGCCCUGCGCUGCUGCUGCAGCACAGAACAACGAAGAAGACGACGCAGCAAACCUUGAACAAGAAGUAACAGAGGGAAACUGGACGCGCCCAGAGGUUGAGGUGCAUGAGGUAAAGGUUGAGACAGGAGAAGAGAAUGAGGAUACCUUUUGGAAGUGCCGCUCCAAGUUGUACAGGUGGGCUGCAGGCAGCGAGUGGAAAGAGAGAGGCCUGGGGGAGGCUAAGCUGCUGCAGCACAAGGAGACAAAGAAAAUACGCUUCCUCUUAAGACAGGAGAAGACACUCAAAAUCGUCGCAAACCACUACGUUGUGGCUACGGACGUUUACUGCAAAUUGACUCCCAAUGUCAGUUCAGAGAAGAUUUGGGUCUGGACAGUCAUGGACUUCGCGGAAGGGGAGUUGAAAAACGAACAAUUUGCACUGAAGUUCGGCCAGAUUGAACAGGCCAAGGAGUUUAAAGAGAAGUUUGAGGAGGCGGCGGCGAUCAAUUCGAAAUUGUUUGGCAUUGGGGAGGGAGGAAGCAAGGCAAAAGAGGGGGAGAAAGCUGAAACAAAAGAACAGAAAGAAGACAGCGACAAAACGGAAAAGAAGUCAGACGAAACCAGCACAGCAACCAAGACAACGGAAGCCACUAAGGCAGAAACAGCUGAGAAGGAAUCCAAACAGACGGAAAAGGCCUGA